AUGCUGGUAAUUAUUAUAGUUCUAGUUAUAGGUAUACCCUUGCUGAUUAUUAUUAUCGCCAUCCUUGUUAUUCUCAUUUUAUAUUGCUGUUGUCAAAAGCAAGAAACAACGGAAGAUGAACUACCGAAAAGUUUGAUCGAGAAUUGCAGACGAGCCGAGCCACCACCAGAGGAACAAGGAAAAUACCUACCGGAGCCGUUCGAUGCUUCAGCAUUUCAAUUCAAAGGACCGCUUAUUAUUGAAUGUCCUAAAUUACACAUUCUUGAGCACGACCUUACAGAUGAAAAACCAUCUGGAAGCAAUAUUAACGACCAUGUUCGAUUUGAUAAAAACCUUAAUGUCGCUUAUAAUAUCGGAGAUAAUGUCGAAAUAAUUGUUAGAAGCUAUGGACAAGGAAUCAAAACUGGAAGUGGUGAAAUAGUGAAAGAGGAUGGAGGAGAUGAGGAUGAUGAGAUAAUUAACGAACAGGAAAACGAUUUGAAACAACUGAUCAUCGAAAAAGAAGAAAAAGGAACGGCAAAGUACUCGAAAACGCCAAAUAUUCAAUCACAACAGAAAAAACAGAAAAAAAGCGAAAGAAAGGAGGCGUCAGAUCCGAGAAAGAAAUCCAAACUUGUAUCAAUCCAUACACAAAAAACACAAAUAAGCCGGUAUUCCGAAUCAUCCACUCAAACUCUCAGGCUUAAUGGCGAAAGUCCUACCAAAGACAGUGGAACGGACAUGCGAAUGAGUAAACUAGUAUUGAAAAGAGAUUCAACUAUCCCAUUCAAACAAACAACUCAGGUAUCAGCAAAAACGAAAGUCAUACUUACCAAAGAACAGCAUGGUGGUGCAUCAUUAAUCGACGCAUCAACGCAGACAGCAAAAUCUCAGCAAUGGGUAGCUGAAGAGAUUAAUCCUUCCGUAUCCGGUUCACCCGGAAGUCAAUGCAAAAGCUCUAACAUAUCCGAAAAGAUGCGCUUAGAAGUGAGUAAAAAGUUUAUAUUCUUGCGAUGAUAUUUCGAAAAGCCGUCUUAUAUAGCAGAGCGU